CCGCGAAUAGGCGAGCAGCAUCCACACAAGCAGCCAUUUAAUUAAUUGGGAUUACUUUAAAUACAUUAAUUUAAAUACUCUACAUUUUUUUGUUUGACCGUAAUGCGAUAGGAAUUCCAAUAAUUAUCAUUUUCUAUAUGCCAAAUCAAAUGCGGUCCGCUAGAAUUAGGCAGACAAAUGCAAUGUGGACCUUCACCUGACAACAAAAACAGACUGGCUACAAAUGACGGGGUUAAUAAAUGCACAGCGUUCACUUCUAAAUAAUGAAAAUAGASAUUCAUCGAGGUUAUUUUGAAGACGGAUGGAUGGAAAUGCAUAAACAAGGAGCGUCAAGACGUUCGUCAAGGGAAACUCGAUAUUUCACCGCUAUGAAAAUCUUAGAUCUGACGAUAUAGAGGAAGAUAGAUUGUAUUGCAGGCUACAUAGAAGCUAGCCGCCUACGUGCUGUAACCUCUCCUAAAUUGUCUUUAGACUCUAYAUUUACCUCCGACGUGACAAUACAUCCGAGGAUCGUGCAAAGUACAUGAAAUGAUGGACACGAAAAUUGGACACACCUUUGUCUGUGUGAAACUUAUGUUUAAGCGGCUCAGUGAAUAUUAGGCUACCUGUGGCCGAAUUGUAUCAUCGCUCAGAGGACAGACAUAGCCUAUCUUGAGUGUGGUGGUUUCAAUAUUGACUGAAGAAUGUGUUAAUAUCUGUGUCAGUGCCGCCUCUCUGACUGAGGUUUCCCGCAUCUUUACAAAUCCCAGAAAUCGAAGGCCUCCCUGCAGACCCAGCUCCAACAACAGGUGCGUCCUUAUCGUUAUAUGAGUUGCCUGGGCGCGGCGCUGUUCAGUGGCAGUGGUGCUGAUAAAUCUGCAAUCAAUCCUUUGUUUUAGUUCGCGCUGGUGUGGCGCUGUCCAUGGUGCUAAAUGUUUGAGUGCUGGGCACAACAAUGAAUUCCCGAAGGUCAGUUAGUUAGAUUUCUUUAUUGUACCUGCGGCUUCUACAAUUAAGUUACAACAUGUUUGGGUUAUGGUAUUCUAAUGUGCAGAAAAUAAUCUCGUUUCCUCUUCAAUGCCCUGCAUGCAAUGUAAACAUUUUCUUGCUAUAUUGUUAUUACGUUUAGGAAUACAUUGUUCAUGGCCUAUGUAUUCAAAUAUUAGGGAAUCGUUAAUAUUCUAUGAAGUCAACAGGUUAAUCAAUCACUCUCAGAUCUACUCAUAGACCCACAUCUGCUUCCCAACUCCUUUGUUCAGCUGUAGGCCCAAAUGGUAACUUUAUUUCCAUUUUACAGUGUCUUUUUAAUCACAGACUACCAAUUUUGAGUACCCUUUUUUGGCACAAACACUAUUUUCACAUUUAGAAUGUGAAUUAGUUGCUCUAUUGCUGUCUGUCUUAUUGUACCUGAUUGAUUGUUCUCUGCUCCAUCCCCUAUACACCCCCAUGCAUGCACUCAAACACCUACAAUCCUGAACAAAGUAUGUGAGCUGUUGUAUCUUAGCAACGGGCAAGGUAAUUAUUGAGAGAGCCAAGGAGCUGGCAUGCUGGAGAACUAUUGAUUUGAUCCCAGCAAUAGAAAGACAGGAAGGUGGAGAUAUCCUCACUGUUGCCCAACACACGUUUCUGGAAGCCAUGUUUUAGUUAUCUUUGUUGUUUUUUUGGAUCCGAAUCGGUCUGACAAAGGUAUGAGCCAAGGCUGCCUGUUUUACAGAUGAUUGCUCUCUGGUAAAUGUAUAAAUAUGUUAGCUAUGUCCUCCUGGAGUUAGUGUCAAUGCACUGUCUUCUGUUUCUUUGUUCACAGGUGCUAAAUGUAAUGGAGUCAAAUGAGCCUGUUAUGUAGAAUGGAUCCUCACAUAUCCCUGUAAGAGGCGGGACAAAGGGAGAAAACCCCAGGACGGACGAUAGGAGGGCUGCCGUGCCAAAGGCGGAAGAGUGGCGUCGGUCCGAGAGAGAGAGAGAGAGAGAGAGGGGGUAGAAUCACCCUAGUACCCCUACCCCUAGAAUCAUAGAGUUGAAGGCAUGUCUAACCAGACCCAGAUCUUUGGCAUUGAUGGCCCAGGGAGCCUGCUGGCAGUGUUGGCCUCACAGAGGGCCAGUAGCAUUAGCAGCACCAGCAGCAGCAGUGAAGGAAUCUCAGCUGCGGCCGUGUCCACCUAUGUCAAGUUGGUGUUCCUGGGCCUGAUCCUCUGUGUCAGCCUAGCAGGCAACCUGCUGGUGUCUCUGCUGGUCCUCCGAGAACGGGCCCUUCACAAGGCCCCCUAUUUCUUCCUGCUGGACCUUUGCCUAGCUGAUGUCAUCCGUUCUGCUGCCUGCUUCCCCUUCGUCCUGGUGUCUGUCCACAACAGCUCGGCAUGGACCUACAGCACCUUCAGCUGCAAGCUGGUGGCCUUCCUAGCUGUGCUCUUCUGUUUUCACGCUGCCUUCAUGCUGUUCUGUGUGGCUGUGACCCGCUACCUGGCCAUCGCCCACCACCGCUUCUACACCAAACGCAUGACUGUCUGGACUUGCGCUGCCAUCAUCUGCAUGGUCUGGACUUUGGCCAUUGCCAUGGCGUCUCCGCCUGUCUUUGACGUGGGGACGUACAAGUUCAUUCAAGACGAGGACCAGUGCAUUUUCGAGCAUCGCUACCUUAAGACCAAUGACACUCUGGGCUUCAUGCUCAUGCUGGCCGUCGUGGUCCUGGCCACUCACGGUUUCUACACCAAACUCCUGCUGUUUGAAUACAAGCACCGCAAGAUGAAGCCUGUCCAGCUAAUGCCGGCCAUCAGCCAGAACUGGACCUUCCACGGCCCGGGUGCCACGGGUCAGGCAGCAGCCAACUGGAUCGCAGGCUUUGGCCGAGGCCCAAUGCCCCCCACCCUGCUGGGCAUCAGGCAGACUUUGCACAACCAGCAGCACCGGCGCCUGCUUGGCAUGGAGGAGGUCAGAUCUGAGAGGAGGCUAGGCAGGAUGUUCUACAUCAUCACCCUGCUCUUCCUGGUACUCUGGGCUCCUUACAUAGUGGCCUGUUUCUGGAGGGUGUUUGUCAAGUCCUGCUCCAUCCCUCACAGGUACCUCUCCAUCACAGUGUGGAUGAGCUUCGCCCAAGCAGGAGUCAACCCUAUCUUCUGCCUCCUGCUCAAUGAGGACUUGAGGAAAGUGCUGAGGGCCCACCUGCCCACCUACAGCAGGACUAGACAACACCAACAGCUGCACCGCCAUGAGCUGUUUGUGUUCACCAUCACAUGAUGCACUACUAUAUCAUGUGAUGGGGUGGGAUUGGGGUGUUUUGUUUAUAUCAUACAGAAAUGCCAUCUGCCCUUUUUUUGUAAAGAGAAUGUUUAUCAGACGCUACUAUUUUUGCAAAUGUAUUAUGACUUUGUUUCAUAUGUAAUGUGCAGAUGAUGUGUGUGUGGACACGUGCAGUAUGAGAAGCAGGUUUGUAGUAAUACUUAGUAAUGAACAUUCUCAGUAGAUUAUCUCAUUAACAUGUUAAAACUGAUUUUCUUUAGUUCAAUAGAGGGGAUUGCAACGGCACCAUAAAUAGCAGGAUAUACUGUGUACAAAACAUUAGGAACUCUUUCCUAAAAUUGAGUUGCACUCCCCCAUAUUACCCUCAGAACAGCUUCAA